AUGCUUUCCUUUCAUAUCCAUCCAUCCCAGUCUGUUCAUAUCUAUUUAUUUUUCUAUCUGUUUAUCUAUCCUAGUCUAUUAAUACCUAUCUAUCUAUCUAUCUAUCUAUCUAUAUCUAUCUAUCUAUCUAUCUAUCUAUCUAUCUCAGUUUGUUCAUAUCUCUCUAUCCUAGUCUGUUUAUAUCUUCUAUCUAUCUAUGUCAGUUCAUAUCUAUCUAAUUUCAAAUCUAUCUAUGUUUUCAACCAUCUAUCUAUCUAUCUAUCUAUCUAUCUAUCUAUCUAUCUAUCUAUCUAUCUAUCUAUCUAUCUAUCUAUCUAUCUCUUUCCUACACCUGUUCUCUAUUUUCUUUAUUCUGUUGUUCUGGAUUUAUUAAAUAUCUAUCUAUCUAUCUAUCUAUCUAUCUAUCUAUCUAUCUAUCUAUCUAUCUAUCUAAAUAUAAAUCAACCUUUCUUCUAUAUUUUGCAUUCUCUCCUUAUCUGUUCUGUCAUCUUUUUUCAUUUUGCUUUUUCUUUCUCAUCCAGUCCAAUUAUUUUAACUCUCCAGUUUUCCAUAAUCUUUUGCUUUCUUCACUUUUUUAGGAAAAUAAUUUCUUUUUUCUGUUUUUUUCCUCUUUCUUUCCCCGAUCCAUCAAACACUAACAAUAUUUAUCUUCUCUGCAUUUACUUCAUUAAUGAACCACACAGUAAACAAAAACAGGAAUCUAUUUCGGUCUAUUCAUAUCUAUCUAUCUAUCUAUCUAUCUAUCUAUCUAUCUAUCUAUCACGAUCUGUUUAUAUCUAUCUAUCUAUCUAUUUAUCUAUCUAUCUAUCUAUCUAUCUAUCUAUCAUGAUCUGUUUAUAUCUAUCUAUAUAUCUAUCUAUCUAUCUAUCUAUCUCAUCUAUCUAUCUAUCUAUCUGUUUAUAUCUAUCUCUAUCUUAUCUAUCUGUUUGGUCUGCUAUCAUUUCAUUUUUUUUUUCUCUUCUUCAUUCCCCUACCACUGCCACUGUAAUAUUUGUCUCUCUACCACACUUCCAUUCUGUUAUAUCUUUUGAUGCUCCCUUUUGUGCAUUACCUUUCCUUGCUUAUUUUUUAAAUCUUUUUUUUUUCGUUCAUUUGUCGAUGGAUCUUUGUGUUUACGACAGGGGAAGAAGCGAAGUUUUGGUCAUUUUUUUUUUGUCAUGGAGGAGGGUUGCUUUUAUUCAUUUUUUCUGUUUUUUUUAUUUUCUCAUUUAUUUAUUUUUUCUUUCAUUCCUCUCAUUAUUAUUUGCUCGUUUUUUCCCCUUGUUUGUGCCAUCUUAUUUUUUUCUUUUCUUUUUAUGUUUUUUUCUGCUAAUCUGCAUCAUAUUUUCUUCCUGUUUUUUUUUCUUUUCCUCCCACCUUCUCUAUUACUUUCUCUAUUUCUUUCGUUAUCUGUUAUUUUUCUCUAACCUGUUUUCUUUUGUCCUUCUCACAGUCCUCUACUUUAUGUCUACACUCUUUUCUCUUCAUCUCAUUUUAGCCCAAGCUACUGUCUUGAAACAACAAUCAAUUCUUAUUCUCUGUCCCUUCCUUUUUCUUUUCUUUUUUCACUAUUUCACUUUUCUUUCUCUUUUUUUUUUUCUUUCUUACUUUGUCUUCUCCUUUUUUCUUUUUCUUAUUUCAUUGCUUUUCUUCGUUUACUCCUCCCUCCUUUUCAUCUCCUUUAUUUUGUUUCUUGUCAUCUCUUCAUUACUCACUUCUCUUUUUGUGCAUGCACUUUUUCCUCCUCUCUCUUUCUACUUUCAUAUGUUAUUCCCUUUAUUCCUUUUCUAA